CAAUUUUCUUCUACUUGGGGCUCCAUCUUCAAACCACAGUAAUUUUCCCACGGGAUUAGGCUGCAACAAACUUGAUCAACAUUUGGCCUUCUUCUCUUCCUCUCCCAACCCAUCACAUUCCAGUUCUCUGCGUGAAAUCAAAUGGGCUGUCACAGCAGCAAGGAGAAAAAAUCGAAGGCAGAAUUUAGUGGCUAUGGAUCAGCCACGAGUAGUAUUGGUAGUGGUAGUACCCAUCAAAAUUACAACGCUGUUCAGCAUUUUUCAACGCAAACCCAGUCUCAGAUUCGAACAUCAGAAUCCAAGCCCCAGCCGCCGCCGCCGCCGCCAUCACAGCCGCCAGUGACAGUCCCGGCGAAACCCACUUCCCUGAAUGUCAAACCUCCGCAGCAGAAGCCAGAAACCACGAUUCUGGGAAAGCCUCUUGAAGAUGUUAAGAAAUUCUACACUCUGGGCAAAGAACUUGGUAGAGGGCAAUUUGGGAUUACCUAUUUGUGUACUGAGAAUUCCACCGGCCACACUUAUGCAUGCAAAUCUAUAUUGAAGCGGAAGCUUGUGUCUAAAGCGGAUAAGGAGGAUAUGAAGAGGGAAAUCCAGAUUAUGCAGCAUUUAUCUGGGCAACCCAACAUUGUCGAGUUUAAGGGUGCUUAUGAAGAUAGAUAUUCUGUGCACCUCAUAAUGGAGCUUUGUGCUGGUGGGGAGCUAUUUGAUCGAAUCAUAGCUCAAGGUCAAUAUUCAGAGAGAGCUGCUGCAUCAAUUUGCAGAGCAACUGUUAAUGUUGUGCACAUUUGCCACUUCAUGGGGGUGAUGCAUCGCGAUCUGAAGCCUGAAAAUUUCCUGCUAUCUAGCAAAGAUGAGGGAGCGACGCUUAAGGCUACUGAUUUUGGACUAUCUGUAUUUAUUGAAGAAGGGAAGGUAUACCGUGAUAUGGUAGGCAGUGCAUAUUAUGUUGCUCCUGAGGUAUUGCGUCGUAGUUAUGGGAAAGAAAUAGACAUUUGGAGUGCAGGCAUCAUAUUGUAUAUUCUCCUUAGUGGCGUGCCUCCUUUUUGGGCUGAAAAUGAAAAGGGAAUAUUUGAUGCUAUAUUGGAAGGCAAAAUUGACUUUGAAAGUCAACCAUGGCCCUCAAUAUCAGAUAGUGCUAAAGAUUUAGUCAGGAAGAUGUUGACACAGGACCCAAAGAAGAGAAUUACUUCUGCACAAGUUCUUGAACACCCGUGGAUCAGAGAAGGUGGGGAGGCAUCAGAUAAGCCAAUUGACAGCGCAGUUCUGUUGAGAAUGAAGCAAUUCAGGGCAAUGAAUAAGCUCAAAAAGCUUGCUUUGAAGGUUAUUGCUGAAAAUCUUUCUGAAGAGGAGAUUAAAGGUCUCAAAGCAAUGUUCACCAAUAUGGACACUGACAAUAGUGGCUCUAUCACCUAUGAAGAACUGAAGACAGGUUUGGCCAGGAUUGGAUCACAACUGUCCGAGGCUGAAGUGAAGCAACUUAUGGAUGCUGCUGAUGUUGAUGGGAAUGGAACGAUUGACUAUAUUGAAUUCAUCUCAGCUACAAUGCAUAGGCACAGACUUGAGCGAGAUGAGCACUUAUACAAAGCAUUUCAGUAUUUUGAUAAGGAUAACAGUGGGUAUAUUACUAGAGAUGAAUUGGAGACUGCUAUGACACAGCAUGGAAUGGGUGACGAAGCGACGAUUAAGGAAAUAAUAUCCGAGGUGGAUGCAGAUAACGAUGGGAGAAUAAACUAUGAGGAAUUCUGCACAAUGAUGAGGAGUGGAAUGCAGCACCAAGGACCACUUUUCUAAAAUUCAGUCACGGGAGGCUAAACCUUACAAAAAGCUAGGGGAAUCACAAUCGGAGCAGAUAUAUUUAGCGACUGAAUGUGCUGGAAAGAAACAUUUUCUUCUCUGGGAUUGUGUAACACAGCGGCAUCACUCAUAGAUGAUUCCAUCAAAGUCGAGAUCUCCAUAACAAAGUUGGCUUUGUGCUUUCAGUUGCAGGGCUUAAAAGGCUUGCUUGGGGAAGGAUCAUUUUGUGAGCUUUCACAAUUUUCUUUAGUGUCAUCUUCUUAAACCCAAAAUUUUUAUGUUUAUGAAACUUGAACCAUGAUAUCCCAUGACGAGCUAUAAUUUUUUUUCCUAAAUAAGAUGCGGCUGAGUAAUGAGAUUUUCAGGCGAGGGAGCUGAUUUCCUUGACUUUUAUGGAA